UUAUCAAUAUAGUUUAAUUUAAUUAUUAAUAAAUUUUAUAAUAAUUAAUUUUUUUUAUAAUGUAAUUCCCCCUGUAACCUAUACUAACUGGGGACAAAAACAAAGGAAGGAAGAAAGGAAGGAGAAUAUGUGUAAUAAAAGUCAAGAUGGAAAGGUGUGGCGUGAAAGCCAGAGAUAAAAGAGUGGGGAUGACAGUUGGCAAAUUGGUUAGAGCGAAGGCAGAUAUGGAAAAGGGGAAGGAGAGGCAUUUUGUGUUGGUUCACGGAGCUUGCCAUGGAGCGUGGUGUUGGUACAAGUUGAUCCCUCUUCUGAAAUCUCAAGGCCACAGCGUAACAGCUCUAGACCUGGCUGCCUGUGGGACCCAUCCCAAGCAAGUGCAUGAGCUGAGCUCGUUUGCAGAGUACGUGGAGCCUUUGAUGGAGUUUGUGGGGUGUUUGGAGGCAGAGCAGAGAGUGAUAUUGGUGGGUCACAGCAUGGGUGGCCUCUGCAUAUCAAUGGCCAUGCAACGCUUCCCCCACAAGAUCGCCGCCGCCGUUUUCGUUGCUGCCUUCUUGCCUUCUCCUCACCUUUCCGCCGUCUCUCUCGUCCACGAGUAUCGGCGAAGAUUGGAUUCCAAUAUGGACUCGAAGAUUGUGUAUGAGGAAGGCCCCCAUGCAAAUGGAUACCUGUCAUUCGGGCCGGAUUUCCUGGCCUCCAAGUUAUACAAUCUCUCGCCCGCUGAGGAUUUGAGCCUGGCGCUGACACUGGUGAGACCCACUCGGCUGUACGGAGACGAAGAAGUGCUUGCACGAGAAACCGAAGUGACAGAUGAUAAGUUUGGAAGCGUUGCCACGGUGUACAUAGUGUGCGAACAAGACCGAGUGCUGAAGCCAGAGUUUCAGGAGUGGAUGAUUCACAAGCAUCCAAAUGCACAACACAUCAAGGUCGUCGUCUCUGCCUCUGAUCACAUGAUCAUGUUUUCCAAUCCUUCGCGCCUGAAUUUCGAGCUCCACCACAUUGCCGCCACUUACUAUUAGUUCACCCUCUCAUCUUCAACCAUGUUAUUGACUUUUCCCGUCUCCUUUUCUUUUCAUCGAGAAAUUCCAUCGUGGCCUGAAACUUCAUUCGCGUGGGCCUAUGACUUGAAAGCUCAUGCUGUCUAGUCAUCAUCUAGAAAAUCAGGCUAAAUCUGCCAGUUAAACCUGAUUGAUUUAAUAAAAUAUUUUGUUUAUUAUAA